UGUACGGAAUGACACUACCAAACCUAGAUCGACGCUGGAUCGUCUUGGAAAAGGGGGAGGAAGAAGUGACAAAAGGAAAAAAAAAAAACAAGUGUUGCGAUUUCUGUUUUCUUCUGAGAGCAUAGUGAUGCCAUGUCAAUAAGUUCCAAAGUGAUUCCAACACCUUUCUCGUGGCUAUGGGUUCUUUACUUUUGCGGAUUUUCCUUCAUCAUAGCUCUGUUGGAUAUAAAACAAUUCUUAUUGUUUAGUAUUAUUACCAUUACUCAUGAUCAUGAUUAUGACUACGAUGCAUUGCUUGAUUGUAUCUACAAGAUGUCUGUCUGGAUUUUGGGAGAUUAUAGAGUUAAAUGUUGAAUCAAUUUGUGUUUAUGUUAUUUGAAAAUUG